UGUCAGUUGCCCAGCAGUGCAUACGUGAACGCAGCGAAGGAAUUGCCAGCUGAAAUGGACGCCUCCCAUUGGGUCGUUGCAUUUCUUCUUUUCACCGCAUCCCAAGGAACACAACAGCGCCUUAUCGUUGAUGAUAACGCUCCAUUUUUUGAUGACUUCCCAGGUUACCGGUCCACAGAUGACGUUUCAAAGAAUGUACGACCACGGAACCCAGAUGACACCUCGACAACGGCGCCAGAGGCACUGGUGCAAACCACCGGCGCCUUACGCUCAAUGGAGGAGCAUGACGCCACAUCACUGCUACUGCCGGGCCAGGUCGACGUCACCACCAGAAGAAGCAACCGCAAUCGCACCAGGCUUAUUCCCGAACUACAACGGUUUCCACUGAGACUUCAGGAACUGAUUGCAAGAGACACCGAGCAACCGUACUCCACAGAACCUUGA